UGGAAACCAGAAAUGCAUUCGAGUUUAUUGUGUUGAUAAGGCGUCAGUAUGAUUAUAUUUUAAAGUUUGUUAUAAAGGUUUAAAUUAUUUGAAGUGAGAAGCAAGAAAAAUUUUAAGAUAUACUUUGACAAUGUAAACACACGUUUUUAUAAAAAACCAGGGGUGGUUUUUAUUUAAAUUGUGUUUUACUUAAAUUUUGGUUUUACACGUUUUUUAAUGGGUCUUGUUGUUGAAAAAAAAUAGCUUUUGCGGAUAAGUACAAAAAGGCGAUUAUAUUUCUGGCAGUUGUUUUGCUCAUCACUGUUCUACUGGUGCUGCUGUAUCUAAUACUUAAAAAAGGCAUGUGUAAUUGCUUCGGGGACAAAAAAAAGACAGAUGAAGAGGAAGGUCUCUACACUGAUACAGGUGAGGAUGAGGAAGAAGAGCAUGAUGAUAAGGAACUUGAUAUUGAAGAUGAUGAUUUACCUCCACCUGCUGACGAAUGCCCACCUAAUUUUGCCCCAGAAGUCGUUGUCACUGAAGCUGCUUUUAUUCCAGAAAAAAAAUCAAAAAAAAAACAUUUUUCUUCCAUGUUAAAGAAAAUAAAAAAACCUAAAGGAAAUGUUCACUUUGCGUCUGAAAGUACUGCCCUUGUCGAAACACCUGCUGGCUCACAAGAUUCGGGAUAUGGUACAACUCUUGCCCCAUUAAGAAGGACCGACUCUAUGGAAAGUUUUAUGUCUGGUAUGUCGACCGUCACAACAAAUGUAGAAGAAUUCGGUGAAGAACUGUCACCGAGUCGAAUCCAAAUUUCCAUAGAAUACGACCCUAAGAAGUGGUGUCUUGCAGUAGGAGCUAAGCAAGCAGAAUGUCUUAUAACGACUGGAAAGGAAAAAAUGUACUGGCAGGUUCAUAUAACGCUACUUCCUUUUAAGAAACAAAGGUUUAAAACCAGGUAUAAGUCAUCGUCGACUCCUAUCUUUAACCAAACAUUUGAUGUAGAAAAUAUCGCGCAACAAGCCUUGUCACAGUUGUCUGUUCGUUUCCGUAUUUAUGGUCGACCAGGUCGUGCUGGUCGGAAGAAACUUGCAGGUGAAACGGAGGUUGAACUGUCACACAUUAUGCAAAUGGAAGAUAAUAUUAUUAAAGAUUGGAGAGUAUUAAAAAGAAAAACUGUAGGCGAACCCAAAAGAGAAACAGUAGUGUGAUUGAAUCGGUAUAUAGGGUUAAUGCUCAUGACUUUAUUUUUUAUAACAUUGUUGUGGUCGCCAAUAAAUAUCCAAAAUUUUGCUACGUUUUUCAUAGGUUUAAGGAAGUCCUCCAUUUUUGUAUUGUAUACUAGGUAGAUAGUUUCUAAUUUUUAUUUAUUCCACUCUGUUUUUAACAAUUGAUAAUUUGAACCUAUUGGCCUUCCACAUAAUUUAUUUGCUGACAUUUUUUAGAAAUUAGAUUUUAGCGUGGAUUAAUUUUGCCUAAUUUUUCGAAUUUUAUCAAAAUUUUGGAUUUAAAAGAUGGAAUUAAAAAAGGAUAUCACAAAAAUAUAUUGUCGCAAAAAUUAUUUAUAAAAUUUAUGUUAAGAAACUUCUACGCCGUAUUUCUACUUUUAAAAUCUUUUUAACUAUUAUGUUAUCUUUUUUUAUCAAUGGUGAUGGGUUAUAUGUAGAAAAUCCCCCCAUAUCAAUUGUUUAUUAAACAUAACAAAUGUAAUUAAUCGUUAUUUUUACAUAUUUCUUUUUAUUACAUUAGUUGUUUAAACCCGUGGAAGAAUGAAAUUAAAACAAAAAAGACAUUCGUAUUAACUAUCUGUUGGACUUCCUAGUAAAAAGAUAACACGUUGAUACCUAUUUA